GCUCAAACUUCCUAACAUUGUUCUUAAAACUCCAAAGUAUGUCUAGCUCUGCACUCUCUUCACCUAAAAUACUGAAAAUUUUCACCUCCAAAAAAAUUGUUAUGACGUCAAACCGAAUCGCCAAAGUUUUGGUGAGCACUCCUGCUCAGUUCUGUUUUACUUAGCUAUAGUUCCUGCUUAGUUCUGAUGCGUUUGUGAAAUAUAUAUGUAUAUUUUAGCAAUGUGUUGUUGACAUAUACUUAUUAACUAAAAUUUUAACAAUGGCUAUGAAAGAACUUGUAUCUGGGGAAUGUGGUGAAAGGAAUGCUUUGAUGAAGUUGGCUACUAAGCUUCAAGAAGGAAAUAUUCAACAGAAUGAAACACUUGGUAGAUGUUCUCAAAGACAGCAAUAUGUGAGGGAUGGGGUGCUUGUACCACAAACAUUUGACAUGCAAACAUUACUUGAUGAAAUGAAUAGCAUACAAACAAUAAGAAAAAUGGCAAGGACAAGUCCAUCUCAAGAGAAUGAAUUGCUUGAUUGGGAGAAUGAAUGCAAAACACAAGAAAAUGGAAAUCAAUUAUUGGAAGAGCAAUAUUUCCAAAAUGACCCGCUCUUGUCAAUCAGAAACUACAGAAAGGCUCAUCCACUACCAUCACUUUUUUCACUACCUCAUUCUCUGUACACUCAACAAGAACAUGAUCAAAAUGUUAAGUGGGCACAUGAAUACUUGGACGAAAAUCUGAACUCUUUAUCAAGUUAUCAUUCCUUCGAAAUCCAAAAAACUGCACAUGAAAUAUUGGAAUCGAUGGAAAAUCAAGAAAGUAAUGCCAUAGAGGAGACCACAGCUGAAUCCUGGGUAAAUGAAUAUGCUGAUAAAAUAGAGCAAGAUGUUAUUAAUGGCGAGAUUAACAUGCCAGACAUCUCACAAGAAGAUCAGGAUUAUUGGCAACAAUUGCAGCAGGACUGGAACAAACUAUUUAGCCAAGAACACUUCCAAAAUGAAGAAGAACUGUUGUCGAAUGGACUUUUUUCUACAAACAAAGAGGAAUAUGAGUUUGAAGAAGCCAACCCAUUUGCAAAUCACGAAAAUGCUUUUGAGGAAGGAUUAAAAAUGCUGAGGCAAGGUGACCUGAUCAGUGCAAUACUACUGUUUGAGGAAGCUGUUAGAGCGAAACCUGAACACGCCGAGGCAUGGCAAUACCUGGGCACAAGUCAAGCCGAGAAUGAGCAAGAGAUGUUAGCUAUAGCUGCCCUUAAUAAAUGCGUGGAACUUCAACCGGGCAAUCUUACUGCGCGUAUGGCGCUUGCUGUUAGUUAUACAAAUGAAUCGCUUCAAUCGCAGGCAUGCAAUGCACUAAAAGCAUGGAUUGAACAUCACCCAAGGUAUUUUCACUUACUGGGUUCGUCUUCUUCCUCUGUAAAAUCCGCACUUUUUACGCCGUCAUUGAUUAGUUCUGCCAUGUUUAAAGAAAUUCAAUACUUGUAUCUUGCAGCAGCACAGAUUUCUCCUCAAGGUGAUAUUGAUGCUGAUAUUCAGGUCGGUCUUGGUGUAUUAUUUAAUAUCUCGGGUGAGUACGAUAAAGCGAUCGACUGCUUCCGAACUGGAGUUCAAGCGCGUGUUGACUCGGCGGAUAUUUGGAAUAAAUUAGGAGCUACUCUUGCGAACGGAGGAAAAAGUGCAGAAGCGAUCGAAGCAUAUCGAAACGCGUUGGAGCUGAGACCUGAAUUUAUCCGAUGUCGUUACAACUUGGGAAUAAGUUGCAUCAAUAUGAAGUCCUAUAAAGAAGCUGUGGAACAUUUUCUUUCAGCUCUCAACAUGCAAAAACAGUUUGGUAACACCAGUUAGUUAUUUUACUAUGUCAGCACUUUUCAACAUGGUCAAUAUUGAAGAUAUUCAAUGUUUACAUUAAAUAUUGCACUCAAAAAGGUAAACUUUUCUUUCUCAUCAAAAUGGUUUUCAUUUUGAAAUUCUAAACCUCGUUUGGAAAUUGUAUUUCGAAAUCUGAUUGGUUGAUAAAUUCCCAUUCGCCGUGGUAGUUGAACUUCCGCGACGAAUGCUGGCGAAUGCGAGAAAAUUUCGUAGUGUGCUAAAAAUAAAUGGUCGCUUAUUCGUGAGAUUGCGGCGAAUGAAGUGGGAACCCGCCUAAGUAAAGGCGGAGCGACGUUUUGUAAACUUAAGGUAAAAAUGAAACUUUUUUUCAACCAACUGGCGCUAAGGUCGGUAUGUUAAAGGGGAACUAAACACAAAUUCUUUUUUGAUAUAUUAUCACAAAUUGGUAGUAUAUUUCGAAAAAGAAAAAGUGCACCCUAAUUUUGUCUCUUUUUACCUCAAUAAUAGCAAUUUCUUUGCCAGCAAUAUGCCAGAACACUGGAUCUAGUGACAAAAAUGACGUUGCAAAGUGCAGCACUCCGCAAACCGCAGCGAAAAGGAUGAAUCCUGGAGACCACAUUAAGCGAGUUUGGUUCGAAACCUACCCAAUACGAUUCGUUUAGCUUAUAUUUAUAAACACAAACCAACAUAAUUACGAUUCAAGUUGUUCGCCUUGCGAUAGCAAAUAUUUUCCAGAGUUUUCCUCACUGCUGUCGUGAUACCAAGAAAAUCCCAGAGGAAUUUUUAGAAGGUAAAUUUAUGAACGCGUUAUUAAAACCAAAUGUGAAAGAUAAAAGAUUUUUUAACAAAAAUAAAUCUGCGUGUUGCUUCAAACUUUCUUUUCACAACUAAAGAAUAUUUGGCUAACAAAUGCUCAAUUUACCAACAGGUUAUUGUAGCAGGUCCCGAAGCACGUGCACGAAUAAAAAAAUAUCACGAAUUAAUUCAGAUCAGUAGCAGAGUAACAAAUUUUUUUUAUCAAUAGACAAUAAUAAAUGGCAAAAGAAAUGGCUGCCCAGAGUCCUCAAAAUCAUAGUAGUUUCCACCAAGCAAAUCACAUGCUUUUCCUUUAUAAUGAAUGUACGUUAUAAGAAUAUCAGGCUGAGGUUUUAGGUUAAAAACAAAAGUUAUUUUGUUUUUAUAGCAAUAGAAAAAUAAGAAUUUUGGCAAUUAUUCUUAUAAAAAAGUGUGUAUUAAAAAAGAAAAAGAAAUGCGUCAAACGAAAUAACCACAAUGUAUUUUAUCUAUGUAUGUAUCUAUGUAGUUUAUGGUCCACUACACAUAAAACUUUGGAGAGUUAUUAAUUACUAAAAACACUUGAUCUUUUUCAUGGCCGGGAGCUGGAUCUCAAUUAUUUGGCCUUGUCCCCAGGAAUUUUUGCCGUGAUCUGUUUAUAUUUCGAAAAGGCAAAAAUCCCUGGGCACAGAGGUGGUCAUUUGAUUAAAAACGUGAUUUAUCAAAAUCCAGCUUAAUCAAUAUUCGCCAAAAUUUCAAAAUACAGAAUUUUCGGAGUUUGAUAUAAGGGAAAAGUGGAUUUUUCAGGCAUAAAAAAGAAUUGAAAUACCAGAUUUUCGGAAAAUAUAUCUGCGCAAAUUUGGAAUUUUCAGGCAUGACAAAUAACAAGAAGCCCUUCGGCUUGAAGAUUUCCGUCAUUAGCCUGGAAGAUUCUGAAAUUUGAAGUAGACCUUGAAAAUGGAGAAUAAUGGGUUAAACAAAUCAUUGAGUAUCCUAAUUCUCAAUUAUUAUUGUAACUAACCUGCAAUGUAAAAAUACAACUUAAUAAAUAAAAAAUUAAAAAUACAUUAGUAUUCUAGAAUGAUAUUAAAAACUUUAACUGGAUAUUUUCAACACUGAUCUCGGAAAUUCUGGAAAUUCCAGGAUACAAAUCUUGUUAUGUAUGAACUUGAUGAUACGAAUAUAGUAACUUCUGAACAAGUUCAAUUUCAAUGAAUUGUUGUUCAAUUAAUUCAGCAAUUAAUAGAUAUUAGCAUUUGAAUAUUUCAGUAUUUAGGCCUUAAAAAUUUACUCUCUCGUUGAAGAUUUUUUGAAAAUGCUGAUGGUGCAUGGUUUGAUAACAGCUGAUCUGAAAAAGAAAGUACGUUUUAAAAAUGGGAAACAAGAAUACAAUUUCACCACUGAAUUAACAUCAGGUUGUUUAAUUAUUGCAUAUUUAACCUCUCUUUGCCUCUUUGAUUAAAAGAGAGAAUUUAUUAAAAUGAUGCAAAUCACAAGGUAUAUUAUAUGUAUAAAUAUAUGUAUAUAAUUUUAAUCAAGCUGACUUGUGAUAUCUUUGUUAAACAAGUAAUAUAUUAAGCAGGCGAUACAUGAUUUUAAAACCAGUGGACGAUAUAUACAGGAUUUAUUUUGUCGAAAUCGAUUAAUAUUGAAUUCAACAAAUUUUAUCGUUUAUUAUCCCUUUUCAAUUCAAAUUCUCCAAUUUGUAUUUAUUUUUGGAGAGUCUGAUUAGUUCCAAUUUUUCAUUUUGAAGAAAAUGAUUGGUCUUUGUUUUGUUUGACAAAAUCCAAAAAGUUGAACUUAUAUAACUUUUGAAAUUUCAAAUUGACAAAUUGACUUGAUAAAAUAAGGUAAACACAGAAUUUGUCGGAUUUGAUAAAUCAAUAGUCCUGUUUGUGAGAUUUUUAAAAAUCAAGUCUUUUCUAUGAAAUCUUAGAAAAAAUAUUUUGUGAUACUUGUGAUACUGGGUGAGUUCAAGAAAGUUCUUCAAGCAAAUUAGGCACUCAAGGAGAACUGAUAAUUAGCCAAUAACAGGAUAAUUAGCCGUUGCAGAAUAAUUAUAUAUACGGUGCGUACAAAAUUAGCCAUCCUCGUCUCCAGGGUUUGUUGCCUUGUCAAUGCCGCUAGCGCUUACUUGAGGGUUAAACAAGACCCAGGUACAGGCUUUUUUCAUAACCAGUAUAAAGGUUACUAUAAAUAAUUAAUGAUUUGUCUCGUUAUUACAAUUUCUGCAGCUAGUAAAAGCAACUUGAUCGAGUCCUCGUUCUUCACAUGCACAUGGCGAGGACUUCACAUGCAAAUGUCGUUUGGUUAUUUAUGUUUUUCAACGCAUGACUUUCGAAAGUUUUUUUAAACCAAGUUAUUAUUUGUUUACCCGGAAACUAUAUUUUAUAGGGAUGAAAUUUUUUAAGAAGCGUUAUUUAUUAACAAAAUGUGGAAACGUGUGAUUAGAUAAAGCUGAUUUUGUUGGGAUAUACUGAUACAAGAAGACAACCUAGUCUCAAUUUAGUGGCUACCUGUUAUAUUUUACAAGUCUAGUAUCUCUUUGGAAAAAGUGUGUGUCUUAGAUUGUGGCAUCUGGCUAGUUACAUAAUAAAUAAGGAAAAAAAAAACGAAGCUAGCUAGAUAGCUAAGUAUAAAAUAUGUUUCCAACGUCUUAUAAAUGUUGGCUGAAUAAUUUUGUAUAAGCAACCCAGUUGAUAAGACUAGGUUUAAAAUUGGGUUAAAGAUUAAGCGUCUUUCUGAGCAAACUUCGGUCGUUAUAUCUACGCUACGAUCCCUCUUCCCUCAGCUAGCAACUUUUCCAGCUGAACUAUGGCAAAUUUCCAAUAUAUACUGCGUUUAAGCAGCAAUAUAAUGUGCUUUCGCAUGGUAAAUUCAUUACUGAUGAACAUCCGAAAGGUCAAGGUCUGGUUCGUAUUCCAGAAGUGUUUGGUAAAAUAAUUAUAGGUGCUAAAAACAACCACCUGAGAAACUUGUGAUCAAGAAAUGCCUUAGCAAUCUAAUGUCUGAGCCAAGAGGUUAGAGAUCAAUCUACUUGUUUACUUAUUUCUAUUUUUGUUGCACCUGCUUAAAUUUUUAAACAUUUUAUUUCAGCAGGUGUAAAUAUUGAAUAUUGCAAAUUGUGACUUUCAAAAAUUCAAAUUAUUGUGUUGUAUGUUUUUGCAAAACUUUGGGUCUCCUACAUACACUCAGUGAUUGAUACAGUAGAUUCUUUCACGAGAAUACGGCUAGUAUUUAUAUAUUUCGGCAACAAAUCUUUAUUUUCUAUAUAUGAAAAGUUAUCGUUUUAGACUGAUAAAAUAUUUCGAACUUAAGACACAAAAUAACAAUAAUAGUUGACCCAACUGAGAAUAUGAUUUGGAUUAAAGCUACAGCCGUGAAAUUAAAUUCGAUAUUGAGGCCUCAAAAAUUUACAGAUGUAAUACAGGUGCCAUGUCCUGACAUAUUGAAAACAAAUAACCAACACAAAAAAUGCUUGAUAAUAUACCUAGUUCUAUUAUUGAACAUAUCAAAGAGUACCACAAUGAACUGAAUAAUUUUGUUAUGGACAAAGUUGGUAAGUAAAAAAGCCAUUUGUAUGUGGAAAUAAGUUUCUAGUUAAAAAAUACUUCAGUUUACAUAAAACAAGAUAAUGAAUAUUUUACAGUUAAAGGUUAUCACUGGAUAAACUGAGGGUUGUCCCUGAAGAAAGCAUGAAUUCGUCAAAACAAUGUUCAUCGUCUAUACCACAAAGUAAGGGACGCACAGAAAGAAUACCUGUUCUGUUGCUGAAAUAAAUUUUACUUCUACCACCAAAAACGUUGAAAAAGUUAAGCAAAAAGCUCAUAUAUAAAAUUUUUUCGAUGCAAGGACAGCAACAUAUGACCAUGAUGACAAAGAACUCAUCAAGUACCUCAUAUUAGAUGAAAUGUACCAUGCCUCCAAUAUAAUGAAUGAGCAUCCCACAAAAGUUGUUAAAACAACGUAUGGGAAUGUUCCAGCUGAAUCGUGUUUGAAC